CCGGCGCCCACAGCGCCCAGGCCCGCGCCCCCCGCGCCCCCGCGGCAGGAAUGGCAGGAACGGAUCCGGGCCGAGCCCGACCCGGGACAAGGAGGGGCUGAGCCGCGGGGGAUCCUGGAAUCGGCAGGGAGGUGGGGAUUCUGGGAGGAAAACUCCAUUUCCUCCUUCCCUGCCGGCUUCUCCCCUCUACCCUGGCACCCCAAAUUUCGAUGUGUCGCCUGCCGGGCGCUAAGCGCCGGUGUUGAGAGGCGGCAGCCGCCGCGCCCGGGAAAAUGCUGGGCAUGUACGUGCCGGACAGGUUCUCCCUGAAGUCCUCCCGGGUUCAGGACGGGAUGGGGCUCUACACGGCCCGCAGAGUGCGAAAGGGUGAAAAGUUCGGACCCUUUGCUGGAGAGAAGAGAAUGCCUGAAGACUUGGAUGAAAAUAUGGAUUACAGGUUGAUGUGGGAGGUUCGUGGAAGUAAGGGAGAAGUUUUGUACAUUUUGGAUGCUACCAACCCACGGCACUCCAACUGGCUUCGCUUCGUUCAUGAGGCACCAUCUCAGGAGCAGAAGAACUUGGCUGCCAUUCAAGAAGGAGAAAACAUUUUCUAUUUGGCAGUUGAAGAUAUAGAAACAGACACGGAGCUUCUGAUUGGCUACCUGGAUAGUGACAUGGAGGCUGAAGAGGAAGAACAGCAAAUUAUGACAGUCAUCAAAGAAGGGGAAGUUGAAAAUUCUAGAAGACAAUCAACAGCGGGCAGAAAAGAUCACCUUGGCUGUAAAGAGGACUAUGCUUGUCCUCAAUGUGAAUCGAGUUUUACCAGUGAGGAUAUUCUUGCCGAGCAUCUUCAGACAUUGCACCAGAAACCCACAGAGGAGAAAGAAUUUAAGUGCAAGAACUGUGGGAAGAAAUUCCCAGUUAAGCAGGCUUUGCAGAGACAUGUUCUUCAGUGCACAGCGAAAAGCAGUCAGAAGGAGUCUUCGCGAAGUUUUCAGUGCUCUGUUUGCAAUUCUUCCUUCAGUUCAGCAUCGAGUUUUGAGCAGCACCAGGAGACUUGCCGGGGGGAUGCCAGGUUUGUGUGCAAGGCUGACAGCUGUGGAAAGAGGCUGAAGAGCAAGGAUGCCCUGAAAAGACACCAGGAAAAUGUCCACACUGGAGAUCCUAAGAAAAAGCUUAUAUGUUCAGUGUGCAAUAAAAAGUGUUCUUCAGCAUCAAGCCUACAGGAACAUAGAAAGAUUCAUGAGAUAUUUGAUUGUCAAGAAUGUAUGAAGAAAUUUAUUUCAGCUAAUCAGCUAAAACGUCAUAUGAUCACCCACUCAGAAAAACGACCCUAUAACUGCGAGAUUUGUAAUAAGUCUUUCAAGAGGCUUGAUCAAGUGGGUGCUCACAAAGUAAUACACAGCGAAGACAAACCUUACAAAUGCAAACUUUGUGGAAAGGGAUUUGCCCACAGAAAUGUUUACAAGAAUCAUAAGAAGACCCACUCUGAGGAGAGACCGUUCCAAUGUGAAGAAUGCAAAGCUUUGUUCCGGACCCCAUUUUCUUUGCAGAGACACCUGCUAAUACAUAACAGUGAGAGGACUUUCAAGUGCCAUCACUGCGAUGCUACCUUUAAGAGGAAGGAUACAUUAAAUGUUCAUGUCCAGGUGGUUCAUGAAAGACACAAGAAGUAUAGGUGUGAGCUAUGUAAUAAGGCCUUUGUUACACCUUCAGUGCUUAGAAGUCAUAAGAAAACACAUACAGGAGAAAAGGAGAAAAUCUGUCCAUAUUGUGGUCAGAAAUUUGCCAGCAGUGGUACACUUAGAGUUCAUAUCCGGAGCCACACAGGUGAGCGUCCCUAUCAAUGUCCUUACUGUGAAAAAGGAUUCAGUAAAAAUGAUGGACUGAAGAUGCACAUUCGUACUCACACCAGGGAGAAGCCAUACAAGUGCUCAGAGUGCAGCAAGGCCUUCAGCCAGAAGCGAGGCCUGGAUGAGCACAAGAGGACGCACACUGGGGAAAAGCCUUUUCAGUGUGAUGUUUGUGACUUGGCUUUUAGCCUGAAGAAAAUGCUGAUUCGACACAAGAUGACUCAUAAUCCCAAUCGUCCCCUGGCAGAAUGCCAGUUUUGCCAUAAGAAGUUUACAAGGAAUGACUACCUCAAAGUGCACAUGGACAAUAUCCAUGGUGUAGCUGACAGCUAAUAGGGGCUGUAAAGGAAUUAAACUAUUCAGAAGGGCUCCUAAUAUGAAUCCCAGAUUUUUCUCACCUGAUCAGCAUAACAGAAGUAGCCAAAAGUGACUUACUGGUCUCAUAGUUCUUAUUUGCCUACAUUUAGAGUCUGUAGAUGCAUAUGCAACCAAAAAAAGUCUUACUUUUAACAAGAAAUGGUAUAAAUGGAAAAAAAAAAUACAACUCCAUAGCAUUGCAAAAUGCAACUCGUGCUCUGUCUUAUAAAAAUGGAGAAAGGAGUCAUGGCUCUCUUUCUUGGCCAUCCCUCUGUAAUGAAGUUUAUAAUAUACUUCCCUAAUAGGCCUUUUUAUUUUAUUGUUAUUCUUUGUGUGUCUGUCUGUGUCUGUGUGUACGCACUCACUUGCAAAUGCCAGUUGUUGCAGCUGGUUUUACCAAUUUAAAUAGAAAUAAAUCAAGAUAUCCAACUAUUUUUUUGCAGAUUGGGGUAAGAAUAAGUUAUCAAAGUCUCAAGUUUGAUAGGAAAAUAAAUACUUGCUAUUUUAUAAGACAAACCAAGAGCUGAGCUUAUCUAAUAGCUCUGUGCAACAAAUGGGUUUAAAAUAGAUAUUUGGUAACUAAAACAUCUAUUAAAAUAUUGCUCAUUUUAGAGAAUUCUUAGGAAACAUUAUUUAUUCUCAUCAUUCAGAUGUAGACAUUCAUGGUCUGGAAUACUUUUAUAAAUUCUACACAAAAAUGACCAUCACAUUUAAAUAUUCAUCAGGCUACCCCUCUUGAAUUUAGACCAUUUAGCUUUAGAAAUUAACAGUAUACCAAUAUAUAUAAUUAAAAAUAGAAACAAAAUAGCUUCUCUGUAUUUGGUGACAGAGUGGCAGAACAAUAGUGGCAUUUCCACAUUUGUUAUGAUGAACAUAGCCCUUUCCCCUCUCCUUCCAUAAAAGUGCACAGAACAUGUUAGUGCAGAUACAGUCCUCAGAGCAUUAACAUUCCAUUUUGCAAAAGACAUUUUCCAGAAUCUUGGCAAUAGGUAAUUCUGAAACACUUUUCAAUUACCUUCAAUCAUCCCAUAUAAUUAGGAAUCCAGAAUACAAAGUACAAACCUGGCAAUUGUUAUGAUUGAAAUUGUCACGGAUGCUUAAGGGAAAUUGAAGCAAGAAGCAUAAUUUCUUCCUUUAGGUUAUAUUUCAGCAAAAUACUUGACAGCAACAUACAAUGAACAGCUUCUUUGGAGAGAUGAUAUGAUGCAAUGUAAUAGUGAUGUCAAAAUAACCUAGAGGAAUAUCCAAAAACCAGAAAAACAUUAAAAUGAAGCCUAACUCAUGAACCUCUCUAACUGAAGCCCAGUCAAAAGAAAGGAAGUAUAGUUUUAAGGAAGUUAUUUGGUUCUGAGUUAAGGAGAAAGGUUAUCUGAGACACAGUUCUUUGACUUCAGGAAUCUCAUUUUAGAAUUAUAUUCAUUCCCAAUUCCAGUUUUAAAAAGAAACAUAAAGAUUCAAUGUAGACAUUUGAAUGUUGUAAAAUACUAAAUUUGAAACUCAGAAGAGAUAACUUUUAAAAAUAUAAAUCCUAAAAUUAUAAUUUAGAAGAUAUUUAAGUAUAGUUAUAUGUAGUAUUUUGAAUCUGAAAUUAUAGACUGUAUUUUAUAAAAAUAAAUUUUGGUCUUGUUUCUCACUAUAUCAUUUGUUUCAACAAUAUAUUUUUAGAUCUAAAGUGUUUUCAUUUUAAUAUGAUAGUGUGUUUAAUAUCAUUUGAAUAUAAAAAGACAGCUAUAAAAUUUGGUAGUGUGUAUUAUUUAAACACAUCCUGUGUAUUCCUUUGAAUGCUGCUUUCUCUAUACGGGAUGCUUUAUAUCCCAAUUAUGUGAUGAAUGUAAAACUUGAAAGGAGUCCAAAUACCAAUUUUGUGUAAUCUCAGUGAGUCACAGUUCACAUGGCUGCUGGGGAAAUUACCCUGAAAACUGUGGUGUCGCUAUGCUGUGGAAUAAACGGACAGGGAAGAGGUGCUGGGCUUUAUCCUGCUGAAGGUUUAUAGACAUGGAAAUCUUUAGAAAAUGGUGUAGAAGGACCUACACCAGAGAGUGGUACACCACUCUCUCCUUUCGGAGGACUGAAACCAAAACAAGUCCUUAGUAGACUAUUUGUAUGCUGUAAAUUUUUAUCCAAAAGACAAGUAUUCAUGGAUAGUUUCAGAUAUAUUAGCAUUUGCUUGCUAAAACUUUUAAAUUGCUUAGUAAUAACUAAAAAGAGAGACUAUUUUAGGCAUGAUUCAUCCAUCGAAAGCAUAGAUAAUCAUAGAGGAAAAGUCUUACAGACAAGCUGAAGUACAGGUACCUACUUUGAAAUGUCUUUUGUUUCCUGCUGUGAAAGAUUGUGGCUGGGGUAUUUUCUUGGGAAAAGACCAGACUCUUGGGUGCCUAUAAAGUCUAAGUAAUUGAGACUUAAAAAUUGGCUAAGUAAAUUUAAGAGACGUUCAAUAAUGUAGGUGGGUUCAGAUGCCCUUUUAUAGUAACUGUCUUCUUAGUAUAUUAACACUCAAGAUGUUUGUGUAUCUUUAAUUUGCCUUUGUUUCACAAUAACUGGCUUUUGUUUUCCUUUUCAUGGUGUGUUGUUGGCUAUAUAGAGGCAUUUAUUGGUAAAUUAUAAUCAGCAGUUGCACCAUGGAAGUAUUCUUGGUGAUAAAUUCUUGGGGUUACAUAGUAUGGUUAACAUGUUAUUUUCAAGAAACAUGAGUGUGUGUGUGUGUGUGUGUGUGUGUCUGAAGAGUAUCACUUAUAUGCAGUGCAUAUACACGUAAGUGCAUUACUUUGCUCAAAUAUCUUCUGACCUAUUGCAGUCAACUCAUGCAUGAGUGUGAACAUGUAUUACAGAAGUUCUUACAGCCUUAGUUUCUGUUUUGGAUUUUAUGUGCUGCUUCCUUUCUCAAACAAAAGCCUGAAAGGAAAGAGGAUAAGUACUAGAAAUAUUCAUUUUUUUCCUUCACAAAUCUAAAUGUUGCUUAUGAAAACUCAUCUUAGAGUAAUGAAUAUAUGGAAGUGGGUAGGUAGGAGGAAAUGUGCCUCUUUAAAACCCUAAAAUUUUACCAUCGAUAUUGACAUUUGUUUGCAUGUAUAUAAAUGGAGCAUGUGUAAAUAUAGAAUUCUAAUAGCAUUUUUUAUUUUAUUAUAAAUCUAUAAUAAAUCUAUAUAAAUCACUACCAGA